UUCUGCUCAGCAGGAGUGGUUGGCGCCGUUGUGUUUUGCUCUAUACUUAGCCCCGAAGAAAGCCUCAGAACACAAUGGUUAAAUAAAGCUUUUGAAAAUGAAAAAUAGGGACGGGAAACGCAGGGGCGGCUUCCGGGUGCCGCCGCUGCCGCCGCUGUUGCUCCCCGGCCGCCGCCGCCGCCGUCACCGCCGCCGCCGCCGCCUUGGAACCCGGGCCUGGGGGGCGGUGGGGCCUCGCAUGGAGCCCCCGCCCCCCGGAGCUGCCGCCGCCGCCCCCGCCGCGCCACACGCAGGUCCCUCUGGAAUGGCGUGAGCACGUCCCUAGCGAUGGACCCGUCGGUGACGCUGUGGCAGUUUCUGCUGCAGCUUCUGAGAGAACAGGGGAACGGCCACAUCAUCUCUUGGACCUCGCGGGAUGGCGGUGAAUUUAAGUUGGUGGACGCAGAGGAGGUGGCGCGUCUGUGGGGGCUGCGCAAGAACAAGACCAACAUGAAUUACGACAAGCUCAGCCGGGCGUUGCGGUACUACUACGACAAGAAUAUCAUCCGCAAGGUGAGCGGUCAGAAGUUCGUCUACAAGUUCGUAUCCUACCCAGAGGGUGCAGGGUGCUCCGCUGAAGACUGCCCACCCCAGCCUGAGGCGUCUGCAGCCUCGACUGUUGCCAUGGCCCCUGCUGCUAUCCAUGCAGCCCCAGGAACACCCAAGGGUGCAGGAAUGGCAGGCCAAGGUGGUUUAGCACGCAGCAGCCGGAACGAAUACAUGCGCUCGGGCCUCUACUCGACCUUUACAAUCCAGUCCCUGCAGCCACAGCCACCACCACCUCUGCAUCCUAGGCCGGCCUCAGGGCUCCCCAACACUACCCCUGAAGGAGUACCAGCACCUCCCUCGGGGAGCAGGAGCACCAGUCCGAACCCCAUAGAAGCCUGUUUGGAGGCUGAAGAGGCUGGUCUGCCCCUGCAGGUUAUCCUGACCCCACCCGAGGCCACAAACCAGAAAUCACAAGAAGAGUUGAGUCUGGAGCCAGGUUUCGGCCGUCCACUGCCCCCAGAAGUGAAAGUUGAGGGACCUAGGGAAGAACUGCAAGCAGUGGGAGCUGUGGGCUUUGCUUCAGAAACCGUCAAAACGGAACCAGAAGUCUCACCCUCAGCUCGGGUCCCAGCUGUCAUCAUGGAAAACACAGCCCAGGUUUGUGGCCUCUCUGCCUCUGCCGAGAUCGCCCAACCCCAGAAGGGCCGGAAGCCCCGGGACCUGGAACUUCCACUCAGCCCAAGCCUGCUGGGUAGCCCAGGACCUGAACGGACUCCUGGAUCAGGAACAGGCUCCGGUCUGCAGGCACCAGGGCCAGCACUGACGCCAUCCCUGCUACCCACACAUACCUUGACCCCGGUGCUGCUGACACCCAGCUCACUGCCCCCCAGCAUUCACUUCUGGAGCACUCUGAGUCCAAUUGCACCCCGUAGUCCAGCCAAGCUCUCCUUCCAGUUUCCGUCCAGUGGCAGCGCACAGGUACACAUCCCUUCCAUCAGCGUGGAUGGCCUCUCGACCCCCGUGGUGCUCUCCCCAGGGCCCCAGAAGCCAUGACUCCACCACCACUCCCUUUCUGGAGUCCCUCCAUCCGUGCUCCUCAACUCUCCAACUAGCCAUCUCAAGGAGAAACAGUUCAACUGACAGACUCAUGCUCUGCUCGUGGUGGGGUGGAUAUUCCUGGGAAAGAGAGAAUCUUUCACUAACUUCCACCCAAAAUAGACACCUUUUUUCUUUUUUUUUUUUUUUGCCAGCCUCCCAGUGGCCGCCUUUACACGUUUCCUACUUGAAUGGUAGACGUGGUUUAUUUAUUUAUUUUUUGAAGGCCACUGGGAAGAAUCUGGCCUAACCCUUUUAGGAGAGUGGGUAAGACAUCUCCCCCAUUUCUUCCCCAGUUUUCUCCCUAAAAUAAGACAAUCAGGGUAUGGCUUGAGAAGGACCUUUAUUUAUUUCUCAGCCUGCCCUUGGGGAGCUGAGGGUGCUUUGUCUUUAUUUUGCAACCUGGGUUGAAGAGCUAGUUUGUUUUGUUUUAUUAUUCCUGGCCAUAUCUAAGUCCAGGAAGCACUUUAUGGUUUGGGAGUGGUAGCCAAGGAAGAAUCACACUGUUCACAUAGGAAUUGCUACCUCCCCAACCUUCUCAGUCAGCUUGUUCUUUCUCAAGUAGGCUUUCAGUCAGGGAGGAAUAGUCCUCUUGUUCUUCCCCUGAGAAGCCAUUCCUUUGUCUCCAAAUUCCCUGGGGGCCUGCCUAUUACCUCCCAAUGGAGGGUUUUUUUGGGGUGGUGGUCCCCGUCUGGGGGGCCCCUCCAGCCAGUACUCCAGGGCUCUCUGUCUCCCGUCUUCUUCCAUUUUGAUAGUAUAAUCUAUUUUUAAAUGGGGCUUUUCGAUAGGGGAGAGGGAAGCAUCCCUUCCUAUAUCUGAUGGGUGGGUAGGCGGGUGGGUGGGAAGUAAGGGAUUUGGAGGCGGUCUUCCUGCCAACCCCAAGUGUUUAUUUUUGAUACCAAAUGUGUAUUUUCAGCUCCCUCCCUCCCAGCCCCCCAAUUUCCUGCGGGCAGGUGCAAAGGACCCUUUUAAGUGUCCCUGGAGUUGGGAGGGAGGAAUGGGGAACAUGAAGCCUAUCUUGUAUCAAUUCUAGGCUGGAAGGAAUGGAUUCAAAAAACUCCCAGGCUCACCUCCUGUCAGCACUGGCCCAGACCAGGCCUGAAGACCUGGGGGCUGGUGAUUUGGGGGACGGUGCUACACUCGUCUCCACUAUUUGUUUUACUUCCCCAAAAUGGACCUUUUUUCCUAAGAGUCCCAGAGAAUGGGGAAUUGUUCUGUAAAUAUAUAUUUUUAAAGGUGUUGAUGAAAAAAAAAAAGAAAAAGAAAAUGAAAAAUAGCCGUGUUGGAAGCUCAGAGCACCCCUGGGGCAGAGGACCUUCCAUCUUCCUCAAGCUGGGGCGGCAGUAGAACGAUUGUGAAAUUCCGCCCUUCUCCCACCGCCGGAAAUUUAGCCCGGCUCCUUAUGAAUUACAUUGCUUAAGAGCUAGUUCCAGGACAGGAACCAAAAGCUACGAGAAACCCUGCCUCGAAAAUCCAAAAAAGAAAAAAAAAAAGAAAGAAAAA